AUGGUAAUUGUGAAUUAGCUGAAAGUACAAAAUUGUAAGGCUAAAGAAUGCACAAAUGCUUCAACAUCGCUGUCUACUGAUGUUAAUUGUAAAGCUUAUUAGUCACGAUGCAUAACAAUAGGAAAAGGUUGUUUUUAAGUUGUCCAUUUAAUACUGAUGUACUUUGCAAACAGUAUUAAGCAAGUUGUUAAACAAAUGGUAGGUUUGAGUAUCAGCCUUAACAUCUUGUAGCGCAUACAAAGGAGCUUCAACCUUGUGUUCUGUAUAUAUUGGUACUUAUGAAUAUUGUAAGGAUAGUAGUAAAACAACUACAGAAGCUUCUAGUUUACCAAAAGUUUCUGAUGAAAUCCUUGAUAUAAUAAUAAAGUUGUGAAAGAAAAAACAGUUGUUCAUGGUAACCAAUUUACACUAGCAACAAAUCUUGCUCUGAAUUUAAGAAAAAAGCUAUUUGUUUAGCAAACUUAGCUAGAGUCUAAAAAUUAGAUAAAUAUGAUAACUAAAAAUUUUGUUGGUUGAAACAAGUGAAUUAUCAUAAUAUAUAAGUAAGAGUUAAAGUAUGCAUAGCUAGAUAUGAAUGGAGUAAACUUUUUGGAACUCAGUCAACAUGCUAAAGCUAUCCAGCUUAUUGAAUAAAGGAUUGAUAACAAAUGA